GUUUCUAUCGAUAAGCUACCUGCCGGUUGCAUGUCGUAAUACAAUUUUGUUACAUUUUCAAUAAAAUCAAUUAAAAUCAAAUAAAAAUGGCUCAAAGCAGACUGGAGAAGAUCGGAACCAUCUUCACUAGAGUUCAGGGCCUGCUUCGUGGAGGAGCCAUGAGAGCUGAGGAUAAGCCCAUUUGGUACGAUGUGUACGCCGCCUUCCCGCCGAAGGCUGAACCCCGUUUCGACCGGCCCGCUCCCCAGAUCCCGGUGCGCAACAUAUUCUACGCGGAGGAUGUUGUAAGAGCGAAGCUACACAAGCAUAACAGACCCCAGGAGACCAUAAACCUGUUGGACCACAGACGGACAACGCAGUCACAGCAUUUCGUACAGAUCUACCAGGACCUCAAGUCGCAAGGAGCACUUGAUGAGGAAAGAAUCUACGAAACGGCUUUGGACCUCCUCGCCGAGCAACGCCAGCAAUCGCGCCUAGAGACGACCGCCGCAGAGGAAAACCUUCCCGAACUAGAUGCUGAGGUCAAGACCCAGCUAAUGAGCGACUUCAAGGAGGCUGCAAGCAACCAGCAAGGCACUUCGUCCUCGUCUUCGUCUCCCGCUCCCAGCAAAGCGAAAAAGGACACCAGCGUGGGCAUUAAUAUAGACAGCUUGUUCAAGGAUUAAGCAGCAGCACUCUUUUAUAAACUAAAAAUAAACAUAUGUUAUCGUAACUCA